AUGGCUCCCAAAAACAAGCUGAGAAAAAAGUCCAAAGCGGCUUCGAAAUGGACAAAACGACCGCAAGAGAACCACACGGACGAGGAAAACUACGAGAAGGAGGACAACGAUGCGGAUCUAGGACAAAAUGGAGCCGCGGUGGAGGCCGACGGCUUCAGUUUGGAAGAAGUUUUGCGGCUGGGCGGCACCAAGGCCGACUUCACGCUCCUGUCCAACUUGGACGCGUCCAACGAGCUGGUGGACGGAGGGAAAAAAGGCGCCAUAGACGACCUGGAGGACGGCGAGCUGGAAAAGUUCAUCGCCAAAUUGGGUAUUCGUCAGUUUUCCGACGUGCAGAUUCUCCCGGACGAGACGGAGGAAAAAGGCGUUCCUGAAAAGCCCAAGCCCGCUCAGGAAAAAGCUUCAAAGGAGAAGAAGCAGCUUCCUGAGGAGAAGAAGAAGAAGAAGAAAGAGCCUAAAAGCAAAGGAGAGGCGGCGGCAAAACGGAACGUGUUCGAGUUCCACCCGAGGAAAAUCCUGCUGGUCAAACCCGGCGGCAAAUGGUACGAGUCGGAGUACAGCGCCGAGGGCUCGGAAUCCCCGCAGGAUCCCGCCCUGACGUCCUCCUACCGGGAGCUGGCCCGCCGGCUCUUGGAGGCCGACGUGGAGCUCUACAAGAGCAAGAAGAACCCGGGCAAAGGCGCCAACUCGGCCUGGAUGAAGACGGUGGUGACGGCCGGCGUCCUGGCCGACAGGAUGGCGGCCGUCACGCUGCUGGUCCAGGACGCGCCGGUGCACACGCUGGAGCACGUGGAGAGCCUGGUGGCGGCCGUGGGCAAGAAGGGCGGGAGGCGCGCCGGGCUGAUGGCCAUGGACACGCUGAGGGAGCUGCUCCUCUCCGAGCUGCUGCCGGAGACGCGCAAGCUUCGGGCCUUCGAGCGACGCCCGCUGGAGAGGCUGGAGGAGAUGGCCGGCGGCAACCGCGACGCCCGAGACCGACGCCUGCUCCUCUGGUACUUUGAGCACCUCCUCAAGCAGCAGGUGGCCCGGUUCGUGGCGUCGCUGGACGCGGUGGCUCACGACACGGUGGCGGCCACCAAGGCCAAGGCGCUGGACACGGCGUACCGGCUGCUGCGCGAGCGCCCCGAGCAGGAGCGGGCGCUCCUGGCGCAGCUGGUCAACAAGCUGGGCGACCCCGACUACAAGAUGGCGGCCAAGGCCUCGCACCUGCUGGAGACCCUGCUGCACCGCCACCCCAACAUGAAGGCGGUGGUGUGCGGCGAGGCCGAGCGGCUGAUGUUCCGCGCCAACGUGGGCGCCAAGGCGCAGUACUACGCCGUCUGCUUCCUCAACCAGGUGCGCCUGAGCCACGAGGAGGCGGCGCUGGCCGCCAAGCUGGUCUCCGUCUACUUCGCCUUCUUCCGCGCUCGCGUGGCCGAGCGGGACGUGCGCUCCAAGAUGCUGGGCGCGCUGCUGAGCGGCGUCAACCGGGCCUACCCCUACGCCGGCGUCGGCGACGAGGCCGUCCGGGAGCAGACGGACACGCUCUUCCGGGUGGCGCACCUGGCCAAAUUCAACACGGCCGUGCAGGCGCUCAUGCUGCUCUUCCAGGUCAUGGACUCCCGCCAGAGCCUCUCCGACCGCUACUACGUGGCCUUGUACCGGAAGCUUUUGGACGCCGGCCUGUCGACGUCCACCCGGCAGAACAUGUUCCUCAACCUGAUGUACAAAUCGCUGAAGGCCGACACGGCGGCGCGGCGCGUCAAAGCCUUCCUCAAGCGCCUGCUGCAGGUCGGCGCCGAGCAGGGGGCCGGCUUCGCCUGCGGCGCCCUCUUCCUCUUCUCCGAGCUGCUGCGGGCCAAGCCGGGACUCAAGACGGCGCUGCACGAGGCCGGGGAUGGAGAAGAGGCCUUCAAAGACCUCCCCGAAGAAAAUCGAGACGAAGAGGAGCGCUUCGUCGACGCCGACCGGACCGAGGGUGCGGCGGGCGAGCGAGAGUCCGAGCCGGCGUCGUCGUGGGUCCAUCGUCGGAACCUCGAAGGUGUCAAAAAAGUGGAACGUUACGACCCGCUGCACCGGAAUCCCUUAUUCUGCGCCGCCGACCGCGCCACCUUGUGGGAACUACACAGAUUGGCGCUGCACUACCACCCGUCGGUGUCGCUUUUUGCCAAAACGCUCCUACAGGAAGAGCCCAUCCAGUACUCCGGAGACCCCCUGCAGGAUUUCACCCUCAUGCGCUUCUUGGACAGAUUUGUCUUCCGAAACCCCAAAAAGGCCAAGGGCAAACAGAACACCGACACUUCGGUUUUGAAACCCAAACGGAAAUCUCCGGGCGUCUUUUUAGCAGUCAACAGCGAAGAGUUUCUGGCCAAAGAAGAACAUCAAAUCGCCGCCGAUGAAAUUUUCUUUUACCGCUUUUUCAAGAAGCGUCAGCAUGAGAAACGUCUUCAGCGGCCUAAAGUCGACGACGACGACGAGAGCUUGGAAGACGUGGAUGACGAAGAAUUUGAGAAGAUUCUCGACACGUGCGAAGCGGAUUCGUACUUUGCCGACUUCCCGGACCGAGACUUGGACUUUGCCGGGAACGUUUCAGGCAAAAAGCGGAAAAAGAAAGGAACGGACGACUCCGACUCGGACCCGGACGACCUGGACGACGAGGAGGUGUCGCUGGGCAGCGUGGAUCCCCAAGACUUUGGGGAGGACGAGGACGAGGAAGGAGGCGCUUUCGUGGAUGACGACGAAGAAUAUGAAGACGACGUUCCGGAAGUGAAGCCCGCUUCCAAGAAAGGCAAAAGAAAGUCGACGGAGGAAGAGCUCCGCUUCGCGCCGACUUUGGGCUCCCCGGCGGGAAAGAAGAGACGGAAAAGAGAAAAAGGCGCCGGGGACGUUUUUGCGGCGGCCGAGGAGUUCGGAUGCCUGCUGGACGACAACGCCGGCGCCAAAUUUGACAAUAGCGGAGCGGACGCCGUGGCCAACGCCGACAAAGCGGGCUUGAAGCAACUGAAGUGGGAGCGCCAACGCGACGACUGGAUCCACGACCGCGACGCCAAGUCCAUGCGGCGAAAGAAGGCGGCCUUCAACAAGAAGAGGCGCCUGGCACGCGGCAAGAGGAAGUAG